AUGCAGUCGACCAGCGGCGGAGGCCGCCUCAUCCUGGCUACCCAAAAGAUGGUGGAGGAUGCUGCAAGAAACAAUAUCAUCGAACCGCUCAUACGCAACACGUUCCUCCAAGGUCCUGCUGGAUCGAUUGCAUUGCCAGUCGAUCGCAGUCUCGAUCCUGGUGGUCGUCACUUUGAUCCUGAUAGAGGUUCCAUCCUCGAACAGUUCGACAAGGAGAUCUUGCGCAUAAUACUAGGGCACGUCGACGCGGUGUGGCUUUUCCAGCUCGAGAAAGCAAUCCCAAAGAUGUGUCGUUACCUGACCGGCGCCGAGUCAAACCUGGAUUGGUACAACGCUAUCCCUGCGCCACUGCUCCUCGAACCUGGGGCUACCAGUCAGAAUCGCAAAAUAGUCUCCAAGUCCGCCGCUUUACUGCAUCUAUGGAUGCGACAAAUGAUCAUGUCUCGAGAGACUUCCUCGCUCAUCAUGUUGGGUGGCUACGACCGAGCUCCUAACAAAUACAUGCUUCCGAGACUGGACAACAUCAGCAUGCUCGCCGAAGAGAACAACAAAAUCAUGACGCGCUACGUAGCUCAUCCGCGUGGCGAUGAUCUGCAAUACCCUCUCAUCAGACUCGACAAAGCCACGUUCCGCACACGGGUCUUGGCCGUAGGAGGUCCCUACGAUGAAAAUCUAUCAUAUCGUCGCGAGUUGCUCGGAAACAUGCUGUCCAGUGGUCGGUGCUGUCUCUGUCUCGAAGCCAUGGGUCCCAACUUUGGUGGGGAGGCCUUCAAGCUUCAAUUUUGCACCAAGUGCUGGGAUUCCCUCACCGUGCAUAUGAGCGUCUACGAAAAGCACCAUGUGACCGGUGACGACAUCCUCACAACUGUUCAGGACGCCUUACCGGUCAAUAAGCUUCUUCCAAAUGGUCAAAUCUGGCUGCCGUAUGCUGACGAGAUCUGUCGAGCCACGUAUCAGAUCGACUUUGGAACGGCACUCGCGAAGCAGCCUACCUCCACCACAUUGCCCGAUACAAGAACAAGGAAGACCGUCUAUCGACUGCACAGAGAAAGUUACGAAUCAAGAUCUUGGAGGCCGCCCGAAACAUCUGGACAAAUCCAGCACAUCCAGGUCGAGAACUCGUGGCGGGACCCAGCAAGGCUCAAAUUGAGUAUAUGA